AUGUGUGGUAUUUUCACUUGCUUCAGACACCAGUCUGUUGAGGAGUUCAAGCCCGAUGCUCUAAGACUGGUCAAGAGAAUCAGACAUCGUGGCCCAGAUUGGUCCGGUAACAUCAUCAAAAACAGCACACUAAUGGCUCACGAGAGAUUAGCUAUCGUCGGCCUGGACUCUGGUGCUCAGCCUUUUGUGUCUGAGGACAACAACUACAUCUUGGGUGUCAACGGUGAAGUCUACAACCACAUCCAGUUGAGAGAAGAAUUCUCUUCUUACCCAUUCAAGACACUCUCGGACUGUGAGCCUAUCAUUCCUCUGUACGAGAAGUACGGCAUCGACGCCCCCAAGUACCUCGACGGUAUGUUCGCGUGGGCUCUGUAUGACGCCAAGAAGGACCGCAUCGUCGCUGCCAGAGACCCUAUCGGUAUCACUACCCUGUACAUGGGCAGAGACUCCAAGUCGCCUAAGACUGUGUACUUUGCCUCGGAGCUCAAGUGCUUGACCGACAACUGUGACAGCAUCAUCGCUUUCCCUCCAGGUCACGUUUACGACUCUGAGACGGACCAGAUCACCCGUUACUUCAACCCAGACUGGAUCGACGAGGACCGUAUUCCAUCUGAGCCUCUAGAUCUCCUCAAGAUCCGCCACUCGUUGGAGAAGGCGGUCAGAAAGAGACUGAUGGCCGAGGUUCCUUACGGUGUGCUGUUGUCCGGUGGUCUGGACUCUUCGCUGAUUGCGUCUAUCGCCGCCAGAGAGACCGAGAAGGCCAACUCCCAAAUGGACCCUGUCAAGUACGACUCCGAGGACAAGCAUCUGGCAGGUGUGGACGAUGCCGGAAACCUGCGCAGUGCCGGCUGGUCGCACUUGCACUCUUUCGCCAUCGGUCUACCAAACGCCCCAGACCUGCAAGCCGCGCGCAAGGUCGCGAAGUUCAUUGGCUCCAUUCACCACGAGCACACUUUCACGCUGCAAGAGGGUCUGGAUGCGUUGAGCGACGUCAUCUACCACUUGGAGACCUACGACGUGACCACCAUCAGAGCAUCUACCCCUAUGUUCCUGCUAUCUAGAAAGAUCAAGGCCCAGGGUGUCAAGAUGGUGCUGUCCGGUGAAGGUUCAGACGAGAUCUUCGGCGGCUACCUGUACUUCGCUCAAGCUCCUUCCGCCGCGGAGUUCCACACCGAGUCUGUCAAGCGUGUCAAGAACCUGCAUUUGGCUGACUGUCUGAGAGCCAACAAGUCGACCAUGGCUUGGGGUUUGGAAGCGCGUGUGCCUUUCUUGGACCGCGAGUUCCUGCAGCUGUGCAUGAACUUGGAUCCAAAGGAGAAGAUGAUCAACGCCGCGGAGGGCCGCAUCGAGAAGUACAUUCUGAGGAAGGCCUUCGACACAUCGGACGAGCCCGGCGCGAAGCCAUACCUGCCAGAGGAGAUCUUGUGGAGACAAAAGGAGCAGUUCUCCGACGGUGUGGGCUACUCGUGGAUCGAUGGCCUAAAGGACGCCGCCGAGGCCGCCAUCUCCGACGAGCAGUUCAAGCAGCCAAAGGCCGAGUGGGGCGACGACAUCCCAACCACCAAGGAGGCCUACUGGUACAGACUCAAGUUCGACGCGCUCUUCCCUCAGAAGACCGCCGCCUCCACGGUGAUGAGGUGGAUUCCAAAGGCCGACUGGGGCUGCGCCGAGGAUCCUUCCGGCAGAUACGCCAAGAUCCACGAGCAGCACAUCGACAAAUAA